AUAUUAUUCCAUACUCUGCAAAAAAUCUCGAUGCUAUUGUACAAGAUCUUUUGGAAAAUCUUGACAAUAUUAUAAAAAUUGCUUCACAAUGGUUGGGAAGUGACAAUGUUAUUUUAGAUACCGAUUCAUUAACUUGA